AUGCUGGUGCUUCCACACCAUCCAUAUGCACUGCAGCAAUUGCCGUAUGUAGAUCCUAAGCAGGAGUAUCCAGUAGAGCCGCCGCAACUUCCAUCCGUGGAAAUCUUCACCUUUGGAGUCGUCGAAGACGAUGCUGCAGGUGCUGGAGAAGAUACGAUGGAUGUCGAUGAUGACUUGACAGUUACCGAAGGUGAUGUCACAGGUACUAAAGACGAUGUUGUAGGUGCUGCAGAUGAUUUCGUAAUUGCUAAUGAUGAGAGGACAGCUGCAGAAGAAGAUUUCGAUGACGCAGAAGUAGAUGUCGCCGGCGCUGAAGAUGAUUUGAAAACUGAAGAUGGUUUUGACGACGUUGAGAUUGAUUUAAUGGACGAGGUGCAGUCGCCGAACCCAGACUGGCAACCACUUCCGCAGUAUGCUACAGUCGAACCACAGUAUCCGCUGCUGGAGCAGCAAUUCCCAAAUGCCGAAUCUUUGCAAAUACGGUCGGGCGACAAGAAAAGUGCCGUUGUGCUGUGGGCACGCGAGAAGAGCGACGACUUCAUUUAA